UGAUACAAGUGCGCAAAUGGUACAGUGUCGAUGGAUACGUGAAAGAUAAUUACGAAAAUAGUGUUGGUAUUUAGUGUUUUGUGGUGAAAAUGUUGACGUCAACGACUUCCGCUACCCUGAGUCGGCAUUCGCUAUCCACCAUGUUCCAGAAGCGACGCUCCGUUGAUAGGCCCUUAAUUAUGAGUCGUGCAGAGAAGCCGGUGUUGGGCACUCGACCGCCGCCACCCGCGGCUAUAGUGCCAAAAUCCGCAGACGGCCCCCGACCACCCGGUUGGAACGGUCAGCCGCGACGGCACGGUUCCAGCCGUUUCAACGUGCACAAUCACAACCAAGAACUCGUCAAACUACCCCCUUUAAAAGAUGCACCGGCAGCGGAACGGGAACAGCUAUUCGUGCAGAAACUGCGACAGUGUUGUUUGUUAUUCGAUUUUGCGGAUGAACCGCUGUCGGAUUUAAAAUGGAAGGAAGUGAAACGAGCCGCCCUGCUCGAGAUGGUCGAGUACGUCACCUCAGAGCGGGGUGUCAUCACAGAAGCUAUUUACCCGGAAGCAGUCAAUAUGUUCGCAAUAAACUUAUUCCGAACAUUGCCACCGUCGUCAAAUCCAAACGGUGCAGAGUUCGACCCAGAAGAAGACGAACCAACGUUAGAAGCUGCCUGGCCACAUCUCCAACUGGUCUACGAGCUGUUUCUACGACUUCUGGAGUCACCUGACUUUCAACCUAACAUAGCCAAAAAAUAUAUCGACCAGAAGUUUGUCCUGCAGUUACUAGAACUCUUCGACACGGAGGAUCCUCGGGAGCGAGAUUUUCUCAAGACGACCCUCCACAGGAUAUACGGAAAGUUCUUAGUUUUACGCGCUUACAUUAGGAAACAAAUCAAUAAUGUAUUCUAUAGGUUUAUAUACGAAACCGAGCAUCACAACGGUAUCGCAGAAUUAUUGGAGAUCCUCGGCUCUAUAAUCAAUGGUUUCGCGUUGCCACUCAAAGAAGAACACAAACUUUUUCUACUUAGGGUACUGUUACCGCUGCACAAGGUGAAAUCUUUGUCAGUGUAUCACCCACAACUCGCAUACUGUGUUGUACAGUUCUUAGAGAAGGAUCCAUCACUCACACAACCUGUUGUUAGAGCAUUAUUAAAAUACUGGCCGAAGACACAUUCGCCGAAGGAAGUGAUGUUCCUUAACGAAAUGGAAGAGAUCCUGGACGUGAUCGAGCCGGCCGAGUUCCAGAAGAUCAUGGACCCGUUGUUCAGGCAGCUCGCUAAAUGUGUUUCUAGUCCACACUUUCAGGUAGCAGAACGAGCGUUGUACUACUGGAACAACGAGUACAUAAUGUCGUUGAUAUCAGACAACGCGACACAUAUAUUGCCGAUAAUGUUUCCUUCGCUGUACCGCAAUACGAAGAGCCACUGGAACAAAACAAUACAUGGUUUGGUCUACAACGCUCUCAAGCUGUUUAUGGAAAUGAACCAGAAGCUCUUUGAUGAGUGCACACAGCAACAUAAACAGGAGAAACAAAAGGAGCGUGAACGCAUGCAACAGCGCGAAGAGCUGUGGCAGAAGCUGGAGGCGCGCGCGGCCACCAACCCCGCCGCCCGCGCGCUUGAUUAUUUUUUCCAGCCGCGGAAACAAAACUACAACGCCAGCAAGCCGCUGCUCAGGAAGAAAUCCGAACUACCCGCGGAUACGUCGACAGUGAAGGCCCUGAUCGAACACAAGCGCGCCGACGCAUACCUAGCCACGCCCCCCGACGCCGACUGCUAGCGAAACCCGCAUCUUACUAGCGAACCAACCUGUGUGAGGUAACCCAUCAAUACCGCCCACAGCUUAGCGCUAAGUCUCAAGAUAGCUAAACGACGUCAUCGAACCGUGCGGAGUGUGUGAUGUAACUACUAAAACCGCAGCAGCAGUACCGCCACAACCAAGCGCUGUCUCUAGAUAGCUAAAUGACGUCAUCAAACCGCAGAAAAUGUUAAAAAAUCGCCAGACCCAGACCAACGGUUUAAUAUGGGGGGCUUUCCCCACGUCGCAUCAUCUAUACGCUUGAUUAUGAGGACUAUAGAGAUAGCUAAGUCAACAAGUCACGGCAAAAGUGAGACGUCAUUUACCAUGACGCGUUUGAGGUUAAAAUGAUGUAACAAUGACUUAUUUCACUCGGAUGUUGUUGCCAAAUUGUGAUACUUUACCCAGAAUUGACUGUUAUAUUUCGCUCAUUUAAAUGAGCGAUCACUUAUAUAUUGUUGGAAAAUUAAAGUGCUAUUAGAUUUUGAUACGAUUGUUAAAUAUAGAUACCCAUAAUAAAUAUAUAUUCCUUCGUGUACGUCUAAAUCAUUUCGGUGGCCGGUUUCAAGUUUCAAUAGUAAGCGUUUGAGAACGAUAGUCAGGUGCUAAACUAUGUUUGAUUUCCAACAAUAAAUGAGUAAAAUAAAAAAUUAAAUUUAACGUCAUUGUAUAUAUUUGCAUACAUAAAGAUUGCAUUAAAAAAAUUGUCCUGUAGAAUUCUUUUUUUUUUUGUUAUAUACGUUUAUAUGUGUACACUACAUCUACUCUAUAGUAGCACAAAUUGCUAGCUAGCGCAAAGUAUGGUUUAAACGGUUAUAAAUUUUGUUUAUUCGAGACAAGAUAAAUACCAGUAACCAGUAGCAUUGGUCAGUUUUAAAAAUGCAAUCUAAUGAAAACCUUUAUCGCCAUUUAAUGUAACUUAAAGUAGUCAGCGCACCGCUUUAGACUUAACAAAAACACAUUAAAAUGUAUUUACUACAAUAAUCAACAAUAGUCACGUGUUUAGGUAAUCACGGAUCAUGUAUUAGUUGUUAUUUGAAUACUUACUUUUGGCGCUCGACUAAUUCCAGAAUAGUGAAUAUAAUAAAGGAAUAAAUUAUAUUGUUUACCUUUACCUUUUGAGGCUGUACGUCUAACGACUUUCAUAUAAGUUAUUGAAGUUGAAAUCGCCAAUUUUGAUAGAUUUCUUUGUUAAAGAAAAGUUACAAGCAAGAAGUAAAGGAUGCUAACAUUGUUUAUAUUAUAGCUAGUAUAUAAAAUUAGUGAACCGUCACACACAGAACAUCUAAAUAAAUAAAAUAUAAGUUAGUAUUAAAGCAGUAUACAUUGUCUAUUAAUUUAUUUUAUUGCAUGUAAUUUUGGAUGUUUUUUGUGUGACGGUAUCAACUAGUAUAUUGUAUGUCUGUCCCAACUUCCCAUAGAUAGAUAGGUCGUUGAAUUUAUUACAACCAGUCUUCUUUAGAGGACUUAAUAAUAAAAACUAAAUACAUAAUAUAAAAUUGAUAUGAAAGUAAUUUGUGCUAGUUUUCAAGCCUCACCGUUGUAGUCACCAAUUUAGAAGUCACAAUUAAAUAUAUCAAAAAAAUAUUUGUUUAUUUUCUUUCUGUUAAAUAUUUUUACAUGUAAAAAAUUAAAUAUUGUGCAUAGUUUCAGAAUAGAAGUGAACUAACAACACUCUUUAAAAUAAUGUAACAAAAUGUUUAAAACCAUUCCAAAUAUUUUAAUUAUUUUAGCUAGUUUUUGCUUUUUUAAAUGUUUACUCAUAUCUUCUUAUUUUUAAAUACUUUUUCAUAUAACUAUUCCGAAAUCCAAGUCACUUCAAAAUUUACACAGUUAUAAUUGCCUUCAUUUUAAUUUGUCUAAAAAAGUGUUAAAUUUUCUGUGAAGCCUUAAAUCAGAACAACAGUCAGAAAUAUGUCAACGUUUCUUCCUUCUUCUGUACAUUAUACUAUAAUGUUUAUGUAAAUAAAAAAUAUUUUUCAUUUCAACAAAAGAGGCAAAAAUUUACCUCACACUAAUAAAAUAUUAAAAUUAUUGUUAUCCAAUAUAUGUAUAAGUGUACAAGAAGUCAUUAUUAUUUAAACAUUUAUAUGAAAAAGCGCAUAAAUUCUAAAAUGUAUAAAUGUAUUAGUGUGUCACUUUAUUAUUGAUAAUAUGUUUAUUGAUGUAAUGUUAUUGUUAAAGAUCUCGUAACACUAAAGAUUGUAUGAUUGUAUAUUCAUGCUAAGUAUGUACGCUAUUCAUGUUACAAUAAUAACGUUUUAAUUAUCAACUUUGAUGGACAAAUACACACUAAUAAGGUGCCUUUUGUGAAA